GGGGGGGCAAAACCGCGCUCACUCAUCUGCCAUCUACCCGAGGUAAGAGCAGUACUGCUUCGGCACCCCCUACCAUGUUGUCCGUGGACUUCUGCAACAUUAGGGGCUUACAUUCCAACCUUAAUGCUGUCCAUCAACACCUCGAGACAGCAAAGCCGGCCUUGCUCUUUCUGACCGAGACGCAGAUAUCGUCUCCAGCCGACACAUCCUACCUGUCCUAUCCUGGAUACGGACUGGAACACACUUUCGUGCCUAGAGCUGGGGUGUGUGUGUACGUUAGAGACGAUAUCAGCUCUCGCCGCCUCAGGAAUCUUGAAGGUAAGGACCUCUCCACCCUAUGGCUACGUAUAGACUGCGAUGACCAUCCCCGCGUCUAUUCGUGCCUAUAUAGGUCCCACAGCGGUGAUGCCGAAACUGACCGACUCAUUGAGCACACUCAAACGGCUGCAGACUCUGUGCAGCAGCAGAUCCCAUCCGCUGAGAUCAUUGUGCUCGGUGAUUUUAAUGCCCACAAUGCCGAAUGGCUCGGCUCUAAUAAGACCGAUCAUGCGGGCAGAUCUGUUUUUGACUUUGCUCUGGCAUACGGCCUAACACAACUGGUUACUACGCCUACGCGAAUCCCAGAUGUGGAAGGACAGGAACCUUCCCUGUUGGACCUUCUGCUGACUUCUCAUCCGACAGAUUACGGUGUAUCCGUUGAAGCCCCGCUGGGGUCAUCGGAUCACUGCUUGAUUCGGAGCACGGUUCCGCUCGCGUGCACGCCGCGUCGGCGAGUUGCAUGUACACGCCGUGUGUGGCACUAUAGGUCAGCAGACUGGGAUGGGAUGCGGUCCUUCUUUGCGUCCUACCCCUGGAGGCAAGUUUGCUUCUCGCCGGAUGAUCCCGAUGUCGUCGCUGAUUCUGUUGCUGACGUGGUGCUGCAGGGAAUGGAGCUUUUCAUUCCAUCUUCUGUAGUCCCUGUUGGUGGUAAAUCGCAACCCUGGUUCAGUCGUCUCUGUAAAGAGGCCUCGCGUUGGAAAAACGAGUGCUACCGAGCCUGGGUUAAUGCGGCGGCAGUACGGGAUGAAAAUACCAGCGCACUAAAAAAGGAGUUUAACUUCGCCUCCAGGUCCUUCAAAAGAGUUAUCGCCAGAGCAAAGUCGCUGCACAUCGGUAGAAUUGGCGAGAAAUUGGAGCACCUCCCUUCGGGCACUCGUGCGUUCUGGUCUCUCGCCAAAGCUAUCCAGGGGAAUUUCUGCACGCCAUCUUUUCCACCCCUGCACAUGGGAAGUGAUUCAUGGGCCCACGACGCAAAAGAUAAAGCCGACCUUCUGGGCAAACUCUUUGCGUCCAACUCUACUUUGGAUGACGGGGGAAACGCGCCGCCGACUAUACCGCGGUGCGAGAGCUAUAUGCCGGAUGUCCGGUUCAACCAAAGCUCAGUGCGUAAAGCACUUCGUUCCCUCGACACUCAUAAGUCGAGUGGGCCCGAUGGAAUCCCUGCCAUUGUGCUAAAAACUUGUGCUCCUGAGUUGGCUCCGGUCUUAACGCGUCUCUUUCGGCUCUCUUACUCUUCCGGCGUAGUCCCGGCUUCUUGGAAGUCAGCUUUGGUGCACCCGAUCCCUAAAAAGGCGACCGCUCAAAUCCGUCCAACUAUAGGCCAAUAGCUAUAACUUCCCUCUUCUCGAAGAUAAUGGAAUCCAUCAUCAACUGCCAGCUCUUACGGUACC